CGCGUCGCUCUUGCCUCUCCACCUCGCCGCAGUUCAGCAGCCAUGUCGAUGAACUACAUCAGCGAGGAGCAGAAGAAGAAGGACUUCCAGAUGAUGCUUGCGUGCUCGACCCACCUCGGCACCAAGAACCUGGACUACCAGAUGACGCGCUACGUGUGGAAGCGCAAGCCGGACGGGAUCCACAUCAUCAACCUCGGCCGCACGUACGACAAGCUGCAGCUCGCGGCGCGCAUCAUCGUCGCGAUCGAGAACCCCGCCGAUGUGUGCGUCAUCUCGGCCCGCCCCUACGGCCAGCGCUCCAUCCUCAAGUACUGCCAGUACACGGGCGCGACGCCGAUCGCCGGCCGCUUCACGCCGGGCACCUUCACCAACCAGAUCACGAACAAGUUCAUGGAGCCGCGGCUGCUGCUCCUGACGGACCCGCGCACCGACCACCAGGCCAUCGCCGAGUCCGCCUACGCCAACAUCCCCACCAUCGCCUUCUGCGACACCGACUCGCCGCUGAAGCACAUCGACGUCGCCAUCCCGGCAAACAACAAGGGCAAGCACUCGAUCGGGCUGCUCUACUGGAUGCUGGCGCGCGAGGUGCUCCGCCUGCGCGGCACCAUCCACCGCUCCCAGCCCUGGGACGUCAUGGUCGACCUCUUCUUCUACCGCGACCCCGAGGAGGUCGAGGCGCAGGCAAAGGAGGAGGCGGCCGCGCGCGAGGUCGCCCCCCUCGAGAUGGACGUGGCGCCGCCGACGACGGACUGGGAUCAGCCGCAGCCGGCCGGCGCCGACUGGGGCGGCCAGCCCGCGCCCCCCGCCGCGCCCCCCGCCGGCGACUGGUCCAUGCCCGCGACCGGCGUGCCCACCGGCGAGUGGGGCGCCGCCCCGACCGAGCAGUGGCAGUAGGGCUAGGCCGCGCGGCCGCGCGGCACACCGCGCGCCUCCGGCAAAUAUAGGAGCUUGUCUCUGACAGCGAGUCGUCUCGCCACGAGUCUUUUUGCAUAAUACGCAAUAAUAAAUGAG